GCGACAGUAAUAAAGAUGAUCCGAGUGGCGGGUAUGAUUCUCGUUUUUUGUACAAUUCUCUGCUAUAGCUACAAUUACGCUGUAGCUUCAUUGAACCAUAAAGAAUCCUCGACGAUCUUAAAACUAGAUCCUUCUAACAAGGCUCCUAUUUUCCAUCACAACACAUGUGCGUGCAAUGUGGAAACACAACUAAUCGAAGUCAACGCCACCGAUGGUGAAAAAAUCCCAAUCCCUAUGAACAUUUGUCACUGCCGAACAUGUUUCGCUCAAGAAUCGGAUGCACAUGGAAAUCACACUCUACACUGCGUGGAAAACGCAUUAACAGAGGAUGAAUACCGAUCGCUGCUGGAGCAAAUCAAGCCAAUCAAUUCGAACCGAAAGAAACGCUCUCCGUACACAUGGGAAGAACUCCUGGAUAAAAUAUCAUUCAUGGGAAGCCACGAUAGCACAUACAAUAAGCGGACUCAGGGUUACUUCCAUUACAAUUAUGCCAACAGUAGCGCAGCACCACCAGGAUCCGAUGUUUCGAGUAGUGGCUGAUUUGAAGUCCAUUGAUUGGAAAAUUGGAUGCUUAAUUGAUAUGAAUCAUGAAAACAUACAAUAAUAGAUGCAAACUGUAACUUUACAUUUCUUCUUACGAACAAAAUAACAUUGUUAAA